UAUUUACAUCGUGACAUAAAGUCUGUCAAUGUCAGUAUUUAAUAUAGGUCAACAAUUUCGUUCGCAAUAUUAUGCGUGGUCGAUGAAUUUUAUUCUUUAUAAUGCUAUAAUUAAGCGUGCCUAAAUAAGCAAUGUCUUACCACAUACAGCUCGUGUUAAUCAGCAUGUUCCUAUUCCUAAUCACGCCGUUCGAGACCAAGAUCAGUUUUUCUUACAGGAAACUGCCCGUGAUCGUGAAGAAAUACGAAGUUCGCAUCGACACCGGCAAGGAGGAUUGUUACUAUCAGUACGUGAAUGCGGGUGCGAAUUUCUAUGUCAGUUUCCAGGUUUUGCGCGGUGGAGAUCGAAAAACUGGUUUCGAAAUGAAAAAUCCGGAAGGAAACAUAAUUUAUCCUUGGCAAUGGCGUCGCAAUACCACUUUCCACGAACAAUCAGUAAACGGUGGUUACUAUAGUAUAUGCAUUGAUAAUCGCUUAUCAUUAUUUGCUCCAAAACAUGUGAAAUUGUUUUUCAUAACGAUUAGCUCUGAUCAGUGGCAGCAAUAUAAGCAAGAAGUAGAAGAACAGAUUCUUCUUAUCCAGAAUUUUACAAAUACAAUUGUGCACGUUGAGAAGAACGUUAAUAAAACGCUACAAAUUUUACAUUGGAGCAGUAGCAGAAAGGAGAGAAACUUGAAUCUGUUAUUGGUCAAUAACUCUUAUAUAUCAUUGUGGUCAAUCCUGCAAGCGUUCAGCAUCACAGUGAUGACUAUGAUGCAUGUGUAUUUCAUUAAGAAGUUAUUUGAUAAAAUUGAAUAUUUUAAGACACGCAUUUAAUGAAUAAUCGUUCAUCAUCGUUCGAUAAGAGCAUUGUUCACUACCUAUUGUAAGAAGAGUAUUGUCUAUCAAUUGAUUAAGCUUAUAUGUUAUAUGAAAAUCUAUAAAUUAUAGCAUAACUAUAUGUAUAUAAGUCUGUUCAGUUUAGUGAAUACAAAGCAUGUUUUAUUGUUUGAUAUAAUUAUAUGUCAUUUUGAUACAAUUAUAUGCAAAAAUGAUAGAAAUAAAAAAAAUUCGUUAUGUAAAUUUAUUAAUGAAUAGACAUAUUUAAGAAAUUUUUUAUAUGGAGAUACAUAUUUGAAUCUUAAUAUUUAGCCUCUAUCAAAUGAAAACAUGACCUUUCAAUUAGCAAAAACGGAGUAUUAACACCAAUGAGAUUUAUAUAUACUUUUCUAUCAAACUUAUUAUAUAAUACUUUUAUUAAUCUUAAACACAUGCUAUUUUUAAUAAUUUUUGUAACACUAUUUCUAAGGUUGUUAUACAUUUUGCAUUUAUUAUAACUAAUAAUAUCCAUACAUAUCCAUUUUUAAUUGAUUUUUACUCAUUGUUUUUAAUUUCAAAUAUUCUCAUG